AUGGCAACUUUGUAUAAUGAUACUAGAGUUAGAAGAUGUUCGACAAGUAUUACCACAACUCAAAGUAACGACGAGAUUGAUGCUGUUUCAAAAGCUCUCGUCCGAAUGCCUGAUGAGGAAUCCAAUAAACUGAAAAAAUUUCGAAAACUUUGGUUCCCAUACACCCUUGUUGAAGGAGUGUCUUUGGAAGAAUACGAACGUCGUGGAGACGUUUUUAACGUUCAUGGCUUCUGGGAAUGGUUUGAUGGCAAGGUCAAGGUAACUGAAUGUCCGUCUAGACCACAUGAAAUUUGUAUUAGCAAGAUAGUUUGUCAAUUAAUGGAUGCUUGCAGAGAUGUAACGAAUACCGAUGCUGAAAUCUAUAAUCUAGGUUCAACUCGAACUCGUAGCGGAGCGGUGAUUCUGGAAAAGAAUCUGACGCAUCAUUUGCCCCCCCAAAAAUUGCAGAAACUUCACCAAAUGGGAGCGAUGGAAAC